GCGGCCCAGGAAAGUGAGGUGCUGGUCAGGCCGGCGAACGGCGAGGGUAGUUGCCCGUUGCAUCCUAAUUCAGUGGGCUGAAGGGGAUAUGGAUUUUUACAGCAGGCCUGGAGACCGGUUAAUGGUCUACGUGGCUCAUGAUCGCAAAGAGGUUGCCUCCAAGAAGUCAGCAGUGAGGUGGUUGCUGAUGGGCAGGUCCAAGUAUUGGAAGGUAAUGGGGUCGAUACGCAACCACCACAGCAGCAGCAGCAGCAACCCCCCAAUGCUUGGCAAGUGAUAAAAGGUGUUUUAUUCAGAAUUUUUAUCAUCUGGCUGAUCAGCAGUUGGUUCCGUCGUGGAAGUGCACCUCCGGAGCAGAGUGAUCCAACCGGAACAGUGCGACAUCCCAGCCGCAAUCUUUUCCCCAAAGACACACUUAUGGACCUACGUGUUUAUAUCUCAGAGAAUGAGCACUUCACAGAAUUUAAUGACACUGUUCCACUUUUCUGGGAGCACCUUGAUCUGGUGUAUGGAGACUGGACAAGUGGAGAGUCCGGGACUGGAUGUUAUGAGCACUAUGGAGAAAUAGAAACAACGGAGAAUAUAAAAUCCAAUGGUUCCAUGUACGUUCACAUAUUUUUCACCAAGAGUGGGUUUCAUCCAGAUCCAAUGAGGAAAGCCCAGUACAGACGCCUGGCCACAGUGUCGACCACAAGAAUGUUGAACAAAUACAAGAGACGGAAGUUUCAAAAGACAAAAAACCUUCUGACUGGGCAGACGGAGGCUGACCCUGAAAUAAUUAAGCGAGCUGAAGACUAUGGCCCAGUUGAGAUCAUUUCCCACUGGCAUCCAAACCUCACAGUCCACAUAGUAGACGAUCACACAGCAUGGGCAAUGGGAGCGGUGCCACCUCCUCUAGACCAGUAUGUGAAGUUUGAUCCAGUCAGUGGUGACUAUUACCCAAUAAUUUAUUUCAAUGAUUAUUGGAACCUGCAGAAGGACUACUUUCCCAUCAACGACACGCUGGAGAAACUCCCUUUGCGUAUGACCUACUGCCCGCUGUCACUGUGGAAAUGGCAGCUGUAUGCUGCGCAGAGUACCAAAUCUCCAUGGAAUUUCUGGGGAGAGGAUUUGUACGACCAACCAGAUGAGGAGCAGGAUUCAGUGAAGGUUGCCUUGUUGGAAACCAAUCCCUAUCUCCUAGCAGUAACUAUUAUUGUGUCAAUUGUGCACAGUGUGUUUGAAUUCCUAGCCUUCAAAAAUGACAUUCAGUUCUGGAACAGCCGUCAGUCCCUGGAGGGGCUUUCUGUGCGCUCGGUGAUUUUUGGUGUCUUCCAGUCUGGCGUUGUAUUGCUCUACAUCCUGGACAACGAAACCAACUUUGUGGUUCAAGUCAGCGUAUUUAUCGGCCUCUUGAUCGAUCUUUGGAAGAUCACAAAAGUCAUGGAUGUGCGGAUUGACCGAGAUAAUAAAGUGGCAGGGAUCUUCCCCCGCUUGACAUUAAAGGACAAAUCAACAUAUGUACAGUCCUCGACUAAGAACUAUGAUGAUAUGGCGUUUAAAUAUUUGUCUUGGAUUCUGUUCCCACUGUUGGGCUGCUAUGCUAUCUAUAGCUUAUUGUAUAUGGAGCACAAAAGCUGGUAUUCCUGGGUAUUGAGCAUGCUGUAUGGUUUCUUAUUGACAUUUGGGUUUAUAACAAUGACACCACAGCUUUUCAUUAAUUAUAAACUGAAGUCAGUAGCCCAUCUCCCGUGGAGGAUGCUUACCUACAAAGCUCUAAAUACCUUUAUUGAUGAUCUCUUUGCAUUUGUUAUCAAAAUGCCAAUGAUGUACAGAAUAGGAUGUUUGAGAGAUGAUGUGGUGUUUUUUAUCUACUUGUACCAACGUUGGAUCUAUCGCGUUGAUCCUACUCGAAUGAACGAAUUUGGGAUAAGUGGUGAAGACUCUGCGAAGGUGUCAAAAGACAAUAGUUCCCCAAAACCUCUAAUGGAGAAACCGGAGGAAGAGAAGAAAAAGGAUUAAAUGAAAACCUUUGUAUUGUCAUAAGUUUAAUGUUCCACUGAAAAGGCGGAAGUGAGACCGUGGACUGUAAUAAUCAACUUCCUGAUUUUGUAUUAAUAUAAUCCUGUUGAAGAAAAGUGAAUUUGGAGUCCAGGUUAAUGUGCUGUACUGUAUUUGUUCUGAAACACAUCUGUAUUUAAGUAUGAUAACUUUGUAAUCACUGUAUUCCAUUGUGGAAUAUUUGGUACAUUAAAUUACUAAUAACGUUUAAAUCGCAGCCAUUUGUCAAAAGGCAGCCUCUGUUCGUUUAGGGGGAAAAACUUAACAGAUUUUAGAAAUAAAGAUUCUAUUCAUUCAUCUGAAAUUCUGAUUCCUGUUUCAAUCAGCACUCGUAUGUUAAUUUGUGAACUAAUCUUGAAGCAGGAUAUAUGUGAACUUGUUAGACUUGCUAGUGAAUAUUUGUUACUGGUUUAAUCCAAUUGCAUAUAAAGAAAAAAGUGUCAAAAGAAAGUGUUGUUUUCAAGGCCACGUAUCACCUAGUGGUACUGACCUAAACAGGGCAUUUCUGAGCAGAAUAUACCCUAUUGUGAAUAUGGUGUUUAUUUCUAAUAAUAGAAUCCAUUUUAAAAAUAUUUGUGCAAAAAUACUCAAGAUAGUGCUCACUCUUCAUGAUUUACUUGUGUCCAAGUUACGGCACCAAAAUAAAAGUAGCGGUUAGUUGAUUGAAAAACA